AUGGUUCACUUUCUCGAUAAAGGGAAACCAGAGAAUAAUGAAUCAUCCAAUUCAUUACACAGAAGUCCUGCGUCGAUGUCUUCCUCUUCGUAUUCUUCCUCUUCAAGAACUCCAGAAUCGAUCAGUAUAGCUGAGCAGCACAAUCUAUCAAAUACAUUGCCAAGAAUGCAUUAUAUUCUUUUAUGGAAUAUCAUUUUGGAAGCUUUGGUGGUUUCGGCACUAGAAGCAGCCUUGAUAUACUAUCAUGUUUCAUUUUCUUCACACUGCGUCUUGUCUAUUACCAACAUGGGACUCUCGCUGGCCAAUGUGACACAUCAUGGUCUUGCAAUCAUUACCCAAGUAUAUCAAGUAUUAUUAUAUAUUGAUCUCCUCAAACAACACAACAUGCCUCAGCUCUGUAUGACAAUGAUAUUCCAAACAUUAAUACUCGUAUUUGCAAUUAUAAAGGUGUAUCACAGCAGCUUAAAAGACUUUAUGAUCUGUGAUGACUCUCUUGAGGGGAAUAAUACAUUUAGCACAACCAAUUACCCACUAGUUUUUACCAGAAAUGAUACCGAAUUCUACAAAACCAAGUUCCAGUCUCUAGAAUAUGCUGUAUUUGGAGUCACCUUGGCUUGUUCUAUUGUUUUUCUGCUCUGCUUGAUUCGUCUUUACCGCGCUUCUACCUGGACUAGCCAUUAUCUUCACUCAUUCGAUGACAAUACCAAAAAGGCUAUCUUGGCAGCGACUGCUCUGGUCAGCCUUCUCAAGUUUGAUGCAUUCUUUUGCUUCUUUUAUAUAGUUCAACUAGUACCGGCAACAAUAACAGGUUAUCCUGUGCCGUAUUGGGAAGUACCGGCUGUGGUUCUUGCAUCUGCACUCAUUCUCCUUCUGGGGUGGUAUGCUGUCCUAAAAGAAAGCUCUCAACUCACGCUUGCUUUUGCGACUGCUACCAUUUUGUCAUUUGGUUAUUUUGUUUACCGAAUUAUAUCAUUAUCGCUUGUUUCUGUCCUGAACCAAGAAAUUUUAAAGAUUAUUCGCUCUUACCUUCAAUUAUCUAUCAGCAUCACUCUUGUUUUUACUCUCUUGACAAUUGUUGUCAGCCUGACUUGUUUUCUCAAUCAAAUCCGCGGAAUAAAUCUACCUCAGCCCAUGUGCCAUAGUUGCACACAUCCACAGAAAAAACCCCCUCCGAUGGUACCAGAACAUACAGAGCCACCCUACAGUAUGGGUACUGCUUUGCGAUCAGAACCUAAGCAAAGUACAGAUACCUGUUUUUUCUCAGACUGUCAUUCUGUAAUAAAAUGA